GGCGCAUGCGCACUGUGCCCCAGCCAGAAGGCGCUUCCUGUCCGGUUCGUUAGGUUCUGGCCCGCCGCGCCGAUGCUAGGUCCACUUCACCGGAGCCUGGGCGCCACCCGGCGGCUCUCCGGGCCGCCGGUUCGGUUCCGGGUCCGCUCGACUCGCGCCCGCAGCGCGUGUCCCCCGGAAGUGGGAGCCGCGCGUGUCCGAAAGACCUUCUUGGACUUCUUCCAGCACCAACACCAACACCGACUGGUCCUGUCCUCCCCGGUGCGGCCCAGAGGGGACCCGAGCCUGCUCUUUGUCAACGCCGGGAUGAACCAGUUCAAGCCGCUGCUGCUGGGCACGGUGGACCCCCGCAGCGACAUGGCGUCCUACCGGCGGGUGGUGAACAGUCAGAAGUGCGUGCGAGCCGGAGGCAAACACAACGACCUGGAGGACGUGGGCAAGGACGUGUACCACCACACCUUCUUUGAGAUGCUGGGCAACUGGUCCUUCGGAGACUACUUCAAGGAAGAGGCGUGUGCCAUGGCGUGGAGCCUCCUCACCCAGCACUAUGGCAUACCUGCUGACAGACUCUACGUGUCCUACUUCGCCGGGGACCCCCGUUCGGGUCUAGCGGCUGACGAGGAGACUCGGCAGAUCUGGUUGGAACUGGGGAGAACUUCUGGGAGAUGGGGGACACGGGCCCCUGUGGUCCCUGCACGGAGAUCCACUACGACCACGUGGGCGGGAGAGACGCCGCCCUGCUGGUCAACACACACUGUCCGGACCUGGUGGAGGUCUGGAACCUGGUCUUCAUGCAGUACAACAGGGAGGCGGAGCUCCAGUUGCGGGCCCUGCCCCGUCAGAGCGUGGACACGGGGAUGGGACUGGAGAGACUGGUCCGCAUCCUUCAAGGCAAAAAGUCCAACUACGAGACGGACCUCUUCAUCCCGCUGUUGGACGCCAUCCAGCAGAGAAGCGGCGUGGAGGCGUACGGCGGCGGGACGCAGCUGGACGUGGCCUACAGGGUGGUGGCUGACCACGUGCGCACGCUGGCGGUCUGCAUCGCCGACGGGGUCCAUCCUGGCAUGUCGGGGGCGGAGUGAGUCCUGCACCAACCCGCCUGAUCAGCCAAUCCCAGUCUCAGGUGACUUUCUACUCCCUGUCAGGUUGGUGCUGAGGAAGAUCCUCAGGCGAGCCGUCCGAUUUUGUGUGGAAGUCCUGCGGGCUCCUCCGGGGACUCUGGCCAGCCUGGUGCCCACCGUGGCACACACCCUGGGCCAGGUGUAUCCUGAGCUGCACCGUGAGGCCGACAGAGUGAUGGACGUCAUCAACCAGAACGAGGAUCACUUCCUGUCUUCUCUGCAGCAGGGCAGCAAUCUGAUUGGACGAACACUCCGCAUGAUGCAAGACACACACCAACUCUUUCCUGCGGCGGUGGCGUGGUCUCUGCACAGGGACCUGGGUUUUCCUCUGGACCUGGUGGACCUGAUGCUGGAGGAGCGAGGAGUCCUGGUGGACCGCCAGCAGCUGGACCUGCUAAUGGCACAGAACCACAAGGCGGCGGCGGAGCACGGCGACGCCCCCCCUCGCCUGGAGAUGGGCGUGGUCACCUUGGCGGAGCUGCAGCGCCUGGGAGUGGCUCACACGGACCAGCGCCUCAAGUACCAUUACAGGCUGGAGCAGAAGCGCUACGUCUUCCCAGCAUGCCGAGCGGCGGUGGUGGCGCUGUUUGACGGCCAGCGGCUGGUGUCGCACGUGGAGGAGGGCCAGCGCUGCGGCGUCAUUCUGGAUCGGACCUCCUUCUACGCCGAGCAGGGGGGGCAGGCGGCCGACCGGGGCUACCUGGUGCGGGACGACCUGCAGGAAGUGCCUUUCUCCGUGGAGGCUGUGUUCCGGGCAGGGGGGUACGUAAUCCACCAGGUGACGGCCGCCCACGCCCUCCGAACGGGAGACGGCGUGCACCUCCACCUGGACCAGGCCCACCGCUUGGCGUGCAUGGUCAACCACACGGCCACGCACCUGCUCAACCUGGCCCUCAGGAAGGUUCUGGGCCCCUCGGUCCAACAGAGAGGCUCCCACCUGUCGGCGGGCCGCCUCCGCCUGGACUUCAGCUUCAAGGGCUCACUGAGUAGGGGCCAGCUGCAGCAGGUGGAGGAUUGUGUCAACCAGGUGGUGCUGGCCAAUCAGCCGGUCUACGUCCAGGAAGUAGCCCUGCAGAGCGCCAUGAGCAUCGCGGGUCUCAGGACGGUGGACGAGGUGUACCCUGACCCGGUCCGGGUGGUGUCGGUGUCCGUUCCGGUCUCUGAGCUGCUGGAGGACCCCGCGGACAGACGCACGUCGGUGGAACUCUGCUGUGGAACACACCUGCUGCGCACCGCCGCCAUCCACGAUCUCGUCAUUGUAUCCGAGAAACAGCUGGUCAGAGGAAUCAGUCGGGUUGUCGCCGUGACGGGACGGGACGCAACACAGGCUCGGGAGGCGGGGCAGUCGCUACUUCAGGAAGUGGAUUCGCUGUCAGCCAGAAUGACAAGCUCCGCCUCCUCCUGUCUGGACUCCGCCCAGAGUCUGGCCAAGGAGGUGGGCGUGCUCUCUGACGCGGUGGACAACACACCCAUCCCCCACUGGCAGCGGGCGGAACUGCAGGCGCGCCUGAAGACUCUGCAGAGGAGCAGCAACACUGCGGUCAGGAAGAUCCAGAACAGACAGGCAGCAGUGCAGGCUCAGAGUGUGCUGGACAAGAACGAGCACAAAGACCUUCUGGUGGAUUCUGUGGAGGCGGAGUCUCUUUCGGUGGUGAUGAAGACUGUCAAUCAGCUGAGCUGGGCCCGCCCCCAAAGUCACGUGAUGCUGCUGGCACACCAAAGGCAUUCUGGGAAAGUUUUGUGUGCUUGUCAGGUGCCAAAGGACUCGGCGGCGCUAUCGGCUUCGGCCUGGGCGGAGGCGGUGUGUCGUCAGCUGGGCGGCGAGGGCAGGGGCUCCGCUGUGGUGGCUCGGGGGACAGGAAGUAGCGACGACAUCGCGCAAGCUGUCAGGUGGGCGGAGCAGUUUGCCCGCAGGAUCCUUGAUGGGCGGCGUCCGCAGGAACAGGAAGUGACAUCAGCAUCAUAGACCAUAUCUAAUUGGCGUCUGGGUGACGGCCAUCAUGUUGUUUUCACGAGCAGGAGGUCUCUCCUACUCAAUGAGACUUAAGCCCCGCCCACAAUUCAAUCCUUGUGGACCAUCUAUCAUGCACACGUCCUGAAUGUGAAAUAAAAUGUUUCUAAUAUCA